AUGUCUCAAAGCAAUGACAGUACAAUUUGCAAAGCUGAUUCAGAAUCUAGCUCUGGGAAAGCGAGGAGUAUGUCUUGUAAAAGGGAAGAUUACUUAGAGUGGAGUGAUUACUUUAUGGCUAUAGCAUUCCUAUCAGCACAGAGAAGUAAGGACCCAAGGACACAGGUUGGUGCAUGUAUUGUGAAUGAAGAAAAGAAGAUUGUUGGAAUAGGAUAUAAUGGAAUGCCAAACAAGUGUUCAGAUGACAACAUGCCGUGGGGACGGGAGGCUGACAGUAUACUAGAAACCAAACAGUUAUAUGGUAUGAAUAAGUGUUGCUCAGAGGUUUAA